UUUGCGACAACUCCUCUUCCUAACCUCCGUGACAUCACCUAGGACCUCAGCCUCUUAUCUCGUACGACUACAAGUUGGAAAUGAAGUCUUGCGCAUUCCAACCGCCGAAAUAGACCUCUCUCUCACAAUUGCCAUGGGGGAGAAACGGAAAGCUCCUGCUCGCGGCGGGGAGUCCGCGGCAAAGAGAAAGCUCUCAGAAUCAACGCUGAAACGGGACACCACACCAGCGAAGAGGAAAGCAUCUGCUACGCCUACUAUCCCUCCGUCGCCGGAGCCUGAAAAGAAAAUCCUUCCCACACAUAUUAAAGAUGGAGACCCGUUGCCUACUCUUACCAAACCGCAACCAAGCACGCUGUCACUACAGGAAUAUCAGUCCUACGCGGAGAGUGCUGUAUUGGCUGCUGCACUCCAGCGGUCAAGGAUAAAGUGGCUCAAUGACUGCGUAUUUGAGAAAUACUGGACUAAACCUUCCAAGAAGAAAUCGCAACCCCAACCACCGCAGAACCCGCCACGGGAAUCCAUGAGUAAACUGGGACCUUGCAGUAUCAUAAUUGAACCUCAUCACUUUGAAGCUAUGUUAUUUACCGUGCGAAACCCGCAAGCCCAACAACCAAUCCAAUAUGCACCUCCGCAGCGACCAAUCGUGCAAUACGCACCUCCAAAUAAUUUCCACCAGUAUCAACCACCUCCGGGCCACCCACGCCAGCCCUACUCCCCUAGUCCCCAUGCUCCCCCCACUGCUACCCCUCCGCCAGACCAGCAGCCCCCUCCACAGAACCGUUUUGAACCAUCUCUUCAUAGUAAUCCGGCCCCCCCUGUCGCGCAACCGGUCCGGCAGUCACGACCUGAAGGACCGGCUCCAUCUCCGCAAAACCGCAUUCCUCAAAGCCAAACUCCAACGCAUCAUCCUCAAAAUUACCCUACGAAAAACGAGCUUAUGCAACAUCCUCCUUCCAAACCCCCACCAGAAUCCUCUCAACCUGUGAAAACAAGUCCGGAUCCAGUUAUCCAGAUGUUGGCCACGCGAGCUGCCUCGAACCCGGAGCUGAAGGCAUUAAUGCGGAUUGUAGCGUCAAGCAAGGCGAACCAGGCACAAUUGCGGACGUUCCAAGCUCACAUCGACGAGCUCAAUGCUAUUCUCGCGAGUAGAAGGCAAAAUGAGAGUCAAAAUAUCCCGCCACAUCUCAAGCCCGAUCAACAAGGGCGACCUUUUACACCGGGACCGCCCCAACCUCCCUCAUCAACGCCAACCUCUACGCCAGCAGCACCCACGCAAUCACACCCCUCUCAUCCGUUUCAUCCAAACGGCCCCAACAUUUCUAGUCAGUCAACACAUGCUCGCGCGUCUCCCUCCGCGCACUCUACGUACCCAAAUCAACUCCCUCCACAGCCAAUAAGGUCUAAAGCCAUUCAGCAACCUUCACCGCAUAAUACCUACUUCCACCAACAUACACCAUCUCAGCCUCCAGUUGCGCCCCCGAAACCAGAACCAAAGGCCGUUGUAUUUGAAUUUCUGACAACCUCUCCUGCUGGUAGCAGUUCUGGUCACGCAUCCACUGGAGAUAGAUAUCUUUUCCCAAAGAAUACCAUCCUCGAUUACUUCCCUGGUGGCACAACCGUCAUUGCAUCAUUUCUAGUUAUAAAGAAAAUCGAUCCCUCGGCUCCGCAACCAGACUCGCUUGCUGGUAAAACGAGUGGUAAGGCAAAGUCGAAAAAAUCCAAAGUCACCUCCGCAACUGGGACUCCAACACCUAUAGAUACGUCAAACCAGAACCCUACCCCUGCACCCAAUCAAGGCACCCCGGAACCAGCCACCAACCCUCCCCAGUCUGAUAAGCCCACUUCGGCCACCACUGGACCAGAAACACAACCAUCAACAGCGACGACAACAGAAACAAAACCUUCUCCACACAAGCCAAAAAUAAAAGAAUAUUACCAACCAGUAACCAUGCGCAUUCACGCCAACAACCCACGCACCCUCGAGCCCUUAGCUCGCGUCGUCAACCCGCCCGCCGAAGUCCGCCAAUACAUGAAUGAUAUCAUGGACCGCAUGGAGCGUGCUGAUAUCGAAUACCUCGCUCUCCGCUUACCACAUGAGGGGUUUGCUCAGAAUGGUACUGGCGAUGAAGCAGGGCAGACAGUGGGCGAACAGCCGUCACAACCACAGCAGCAGCAGCAAGCGCGCAGUGCUAGGAGUAAAAGCAAAGGGGGUGGGGAGAAGGGUGUGGAUAGCGGGGCAGAAAAUGGCGUGGUUGUAACGCAAGAGACUGGGGGUGGUUCUGGUAAUCGUGGAGUUCUGCUUGACGAUGUGGGCAGUGUUGAGGACGUGCAGUUUGAGGAGGAGUUGAAGGAGUUUUACGAUGUGCCUAGUGGUAUUGUGCCGCUUCGACGAAGGAUUUUUUAGAUGCGAUUUUCAUCGAUGAGGCCUGGGAUGGCUGUUUCUUCGCAGUCCAACCCGGAUGCCCCUUUUCUGAAUGGGCUAUUGAAAUCUAGAUAUACGAUUUAAUACCGGGGUUUCAUUUCUGUACAGUAACUUGCUUAUUCCACUUCCACAUCAUUCCUCAUGCACGUCUCGUUUUAAUUUUUGUUUAUAAUGGCUCAGGUUGAGAUAAUGUUCGGAGCAGAAUUUGAGUGUUUUUCUUUUUUUUUUUUUUUUUUUUUUUUUCAAGAAAAAAACCAAAAAAGCGAUUAUUUUUGCGCCAGCGGCAAUUGGU